AUGCGAAACAAGGAAAGUGAAAAGAAGCGUGCUUAUCUAACAUUGGAGGAACUGCGGCAGUUGUCUGAUGACACAAACACCUACAAAUCAAUAGGGAGAACGUUUGUCUUAGAACCAAAGCCAUUAAUGGAUGAACGAGAAAAGAAGCUCAAGGAUAGUGAAACUGCAAUUGCCUCCUUACAGGUUUGCUCCUUAGUUUCUUAUGUACUUUUUGCUGCAUACUGCUAAGUUGUUCUAAAUAGU